CCUCCACCCCUAGUCUCCACACCCCUACCCCAUCCCACAGCUCCACCUCCAGUAUCAACUCCCUCUCUUCCCUCAUCUCCACCCCUUCUGACCUCCCCACACUCCACAGCCCCUCCUCUGCUGACAUGUCUGCCCCCUCUCCUUCCCCCUCUCAUUCCCCCACUCCCACCCUCUCUCCCUCCAUCUCCCUAUCUCCUCCUCCCUCCAUUGUCCUCAGCACCCACAGUGCAGCUGCCCUGAAGAAGGGCACACAGCAGCUGAUCCCCAAAGGGCUGGCGUCCCUGAGCAAGGCCGCUCCUGCUGGGGUACAGAGCCACGGCAUGGGGGGUCUGCUGGGCCUGGAUCCUACCAAGCGGGCCCUGCGAGCCCUCAGCAUGGUGGAGACUGGAUCCUUCUUCUCCACUGGUGUAGGGUCCGGGGGAGGGGGGACAGACCAGGAUGAGAGCACUGGGACUCUGAAGAGAGGGUUGAGGUCUACCUCGUACAGGAGAGCAGUGGUAAGUGGAGUGGAAAUGGAAAUACCAUCUGAUGACCUCAAGACCCAUCGUCUGUCCCAACCUGUAGACCCAAAGAGCCAUCGUCUGUCCCAACCUGUACUCAGAGGUCUACAGGAGGUCAAGGAGAGACCGACCAGCCCUGGGAAGAAGAACAAGAGUCCUGAUAAGAAGCCAGGACUGAUCACACAGAGGACAUUUGACAGUGAAGAGGAGGAACUGUAUCAGAACUACCAGGAGAAAGCUCUUCACAAUGACUCUGAUGAGGACCAGUCCAGAGAGGCCAAACCUGAUGACCGCAUCGUGAUGCAGUACAGACCCAUACGCACCUCCUGGAGCCAACUCAGUGUGGUAAAGAAGAGUGGCGUUUCUGAUAAACUCAGCCAGGAGGAGCGGAAAAGACAAGAGGCCAUAUUUGAGUUGAUAUCGUCAGAACACUCCUACCUCCACAGUCUGGAGGUUCUGAUCCGGAUGUUUCAGAACUCAGCAGAGCUCAGUGACACCAUGACCAAGACCGAGCACCACCACCUCUUCUCCAACAUCACAGACGUGUGUGAGGCCAGCAAGAAGUUCUUUAAAGAGUUAGAGGAUAUACACCAGCAGAACAUUGUUAUAGAUGACAUCAGUGACGUUGUGUUCAGACACGCCCAGUCCAACUUUGACCCCUACAUCACCUACUGCUCCAAUGAGGUUUAUCAGCAGAGGACCCUACAGAGGCUAGUAAGUAGUAAGAGUCCAGUGUUUAAGGAGGUGUUGACUCGUAUUGAGGGCCACCCAGACUGCAGGAACCUCCCAAUGAUCUCCUUCCUGAUCCUGCCGAUGCAGAGAGUCACACGCCUGCCUCUGCUGAUGGACGUCAUUUGUCAGAAGGCUCCCAAGGACUCUGCCCAGUAUGAGACCUGUAAGAAAGCCCUCCAAUCAGUCAGCAAGGUGGUGCGACAGUGUAACGAAGGGGCCCGUACAAUGGAGAGAACAGAGAUGAUGUACACCAUCAACUCCCAACUGGAGUUUAAAAUCAAGCCCUUCCCACUGGUGUCGUCCUCUAGGUGGAUGGUGAAGAGAGGGGAGCUCACAGCCUUCGUGGAGGAGAACGGCAUCUUCUCCAAGAAGACGUCACGGCAGCAGGUCUACUUCUUCCUCUUCAACGACGUCCUCAUCCUCACCAGGAAGAAGAGUGAGGACAGCUACACAGUGAUAGACUAUGCUCUGAGGGGGCAAAUUUGGGUGGGACCCUGCCAGGCCGAGGAUGUCAACCUAUCACCCGUCAGAAGCACCGCUGGAAUGCUGACAUCACGGCAGCCUGGGGCCAGCCACCUCUUCCGCCUGCGUUUCCGUAGCAACCACUCCGGAGACAAGGUGCCCAUGGUCCUGGGGGUGGAGCGAAUGAAUGAGCGUGCUCGCUGGAUCAGUGCUCUGGGCCAGAGCAGCAAUGACGAGAAGAACCAAGACCGAACCAAUGCCAUGCAGGUGGAGGUGACGAGGACGUACACAGCCAAGCAGCCUGAUGAGCUGUCACUGCAGGUGGCUGACGUGGUCCUGGUGUCACAGACUGUGGAGGAUGGCUGGUAUGAGGGCGAGCGACUCCGUGAUGGCGAGAGGGGUUGGUUCCUGUCAGAAUGUGCUGAACCAAUCAUGUGCCAGGCCACUAUUGAGCGCAACGUGCAGAGAAUGGACCGCCUCCAGGGGCUGGAAACCAAUGUGUGAGCUGGAAUUGUAGGCUCCACCCAUUAAAUACACCAGUGACCUGCCUUCAAUCAGACACACCAAUGAGUGAGCUUUAUGCCAGCAACAGCCCUCCACCUAACACACCAAUAGAAAGUCUCCUUGGUCAACAGAGCAAUGUGUGAGAUCUUUCUGCCAGCGACUGAAUACACCAAUGAGCCGCCUUCAAGCACUAUCAACCAAUGAGAGUGCUGACUGCCACUAAAUGCACCAAUAGAAUCUCUCUGUGGUCAACAGACACAGGUAUGCCAGCUGACUGCAUCUAUUAGAAUGGGUUUGGGGUCCAGUGAUUGUUACCCAUGCAGUCUAACAUUCUCCAUCUUCUACCAAUCUCUAUGGUAAGGAAGUUUGACCCUAUCACCUGUCAACAACACUUUGACUCCUCCCACUGAUGGAAGACUGUCCAACCACUGCCCGUGUGACUGCUUUUUGGCCCCGAAGGACAUACCACUUGGACACACGCGCACACAGAACGUGCUGGGGUCAAAGUUUAAAACUGCCACGUGGAUUGGUCACCUAUAAUAACAGUAGAUUACAACUAAUAUAACAUGUAUUCAUUUAAUUUCCUUCUGAAAUACUCCCCAGGAAUGAAGCUUACCUUCUGUACUACAUAACGAAGAUUUAUAUUAGUAUAUUUUCUGUCAUGCUUUUUAAAGUGCCAGGUUGUUGUGAUGGGACAGGUCAGUUUCACUUCUGCUCUGUGGUCAGGUUAUAGUGUGUGAUGAGACUGUUGGGGAAGAGGCUCAUUGUAGACACACAAAUUACACUUUACGUUAGACUUGUCUGUGUGUGGCUAGGAGGCAUUUUUUAAUGUAACUGAAUGUGACGACGGUCCAAAAUGGCCAAAUAAACGGAUCAUUUCUAGACUUCCCUGUGUGGCCGGUAGGAGCCAAAAUGGCAGAAUGACCAGUCCAGUUUCCUGACUUCCCUCUGGUUAGAAGGUUACAGUAGAGUGAGGCUGAAUGUAAGGAGCCAAAAUGGCAGAAUGACCAGUCCAGUUUCCUGACUUCCCUCUGGUUAGAAGGUUACAGUAGAGUGAGGCUGAAUGUUAUGAUGGCCUACAAAGUACAAAAGAAACUUCCACAUUCAUGCGCUAACCCCGAUUCCCAACACCUCCUAACCCCGAUUCCUUAGCCAUUUUAGAUACCUUAACUAUUGAACAGGUAUUAGCAGUAUGGGCAUAGCUUCACCUUGCACUCUGCUGAGGGUUGAACCAUGGUUACAUAUGCAAUUCGUUCAGCGUUACACACUGCCUAGGGCCUGGAAGUCGAUCUGUAACUGGGCACUUUAUCUCCAUCUUAAUGUCACCUUACAUAAACGGAGACCUUUCCGUCCCACAAACCUCCGUCAGUCCUGCCUCUGGGUGUGAGGAUUGCCCUGGGGUGGCUUUUAGAAGGCCUAGAGCUGGAAGUUUUAAAAACAAAUACCCUCCUUAUGAUUUCUGUGACGAGCGACAGGAGAGAAAAUGAACCGGUGCGAUGCUCUGGGUUCUAAAACUGGAAAAAGCCAGCCAAGGUUUCAACAUGAUCGUCCGGACGUGAUUAAUCUGUUAAGUGUGUAAUGUUGUCUUACAUUGCUAAGGGAAACAAAGAAUGGCCUGAUCAGCUUCCUGUUGCAACACCGUUCAUCAAACCAGACCUCUACUCUACAUCUGGUCUGACCCAGACCACUACUCUACAUCUGGUCUGACCCAGACCACUACUCUACAUCUGGUUUGACCCAGACCACUACUCUACAUCUGGUCUGACCCAGACAAAAAAAAGUUUAAUUUGCACUCAGGGAUAAACUGUGAUGACACACAUUUAACCCAUGUAAAUAUGUAACUAAUGACUUCUGUUUUAAACAUAUGUAAUCCACAGCUAUAGGAUUUAUAUUGCAGAUGAUGUCAUUUAGAUAUUUUAUCUAACUCUUGUUAAUAAAAGUGCUAUGUUGUA